AUGAGUCCGAAAAUGCUGAAGCUGGUCAUCAACAAGAGCCCCAAUGGCCACAAGAAGGCUAAGUACAAGCAGACUAUCAUCGAGUAUAACUGGCGGAUUGACUACUACCCACCCAAGGAGGGUGGUCUCGAAGCAGCUAGAAUCCAAGUGGUUACAGCCGAUUGCCGGUGCAGCUUCUUGAAUCAAUAUCUUAGAUAA